AUGGCCAAACCCAAGUCGAGCGGUCGCAAGACCAGGGCUUCCAAAGAGGACAACUGGAACGAAGACCAGUGUGUUGCUCCUGAGUUUGGCAAGGGCCCCUACCGGCCGUACAUUGUGCUGACGCCUGAGUUCGAGAUCCAGGCGAAGCGUACCCUCCACCGGUCGGAGUACCUGCUCAUCCUCGUGUUGAUGUUGGUCGCCUUCUACGUCAGAAUGUACGGAUUGACCAAGCCCGACUCGGUGGUGUUUGACGAAGUCCAUUUCGGUGGCUUCGCCCGCAAGUACAUUUUGGGCGAGUACUUCAUGGAUGUCCACCCGCCGUUGGCGAAGAUGUUGUUCGCUGGUGUCGGCGCCUUGGGCGGGUUCAAGGGUAACUUCAGCUUUGCCAAGAUCGGUGACGUCUACCCGAAGGACGUCCCCUACGUGUUGAUGCGUCAAUUCCCCGCCGUUCUCGGGAUUGCCGUGUGUUUGUUUUGCUACCUCACCUUGAGACAAUCCGGGGUGCGUCCUCUUAUCGCCUUUUUCACCACUUUCUUGCUCAUCAUUGACAAUGCUCAAGUGGCGAUCUCACGUUACAUCUUGUUGGACUCGCCGUUGAUUUUCUUCAUCGCCGCCGCCGCCUACGCGUUCAAGCGGUUUGAAAUCCAAAAGCCCUUCACUUCCAGAUGGGUGAGAUCGUUGUUUGCCACUGCCAUUGCGUUGGGGCUUGCUGUCCUGUCAAAGUGGGUGGGUCUUUUCACCAUUGCCUGGGUGGGCGUGUUGUGCGCCGUGCAAAUGUGGGUCAUCGUUGGUGACUUGCAAGUCAAACCUGCCACCGUUGUCAAGCACACCUUGUGGAGAGGUAUUGUUCUUUUGGGGGUGCCCUUGGCGAUGUACUACUUCUUCUUCGCCGCCCACUUCUCGGUGUUGGUGAAGCAUGGCGACGGUGCUCUGAACAUGGCUCCUACUUUCCGUGCCACUUUGAGAAACAACAAGCUCCCCACGGACAUCAUGCCCGAAGUCGGUUAUGGUUCGGUGAUCACUCUCAGACACGUUAAGACCGCCGGCGGCUACCUUCACUCCCACCAACACCCUUACCCUGGUGGUUCCAAGCAACAACAAAUCACCUUGUACCCCCACAUCGAUGAAAACAACAACUGGAGAAUUGAACCUUACAACGCCCUGCUGUGGGACAACUCCACGUUUGUGCCUUUGACCUCGGGUACCAAGAUCAGACUUAAGCACACCAAGACUGGUCGCAGAUUGCACUCGCACGACCACAAACCCCCCGUGCUGGAAAGAGACUGGCAAAAGGAAGUGUCGUGUUACGGUUUCGAAGGUUUCGGUGGUGACGCCAACGACGAUUGGAUCGUCGAAAUUGUUGAACACAAGUCCAAGACUCCCGAAGGUAAGGAACGCGUCAGAGCUACCGAAUCGGUCAUUCGUCUCAAGCACGCCAUGCUGGGCCACUACCUCUUCUCGUCGGCCGUUAAGCUUCCCGAGUGGGGUUUCGGUCAACAAGAAGUCCUGGCCGCCUCGCAAGGGUCUCGUCCUUUGCUCGACUGGAUCAUUGAAACCAACACUAACGAGUUCUCCAACCUGACCGAAGUCGUCAACUACAAGAAGAUGACCUUGUGGGAGAAGUUUGCUCACUCGCACGCCCGUAUGUGGAGCAUCAACCAAAACUUGAAGGACCACCACCCUUGGCAAUCUAAUGCUAUUGACUGGCCUACUUUGCCUCGUGGUAUCAACUACUGGGUCAAGGACAAGCGUCAAGUGUACUUGAUUGGUAACGCUCCCAUUUGGUACGCCGUUACUGCCACUAUUGCUGUGUUCGCCUUGUACGCCGCUAUCAACGGAUUAAGAUGGCAAUUUGGUGCCAAUGUGGCUGAAGACAAGCACGUGUUCACCUUCCUUUACCAGUCGUUCACUUAUGUGCUUGGAUGGGCGUUGCACUACUUCCCAUUCUUCAUUAUGGGUCGUCAAUUGUUCUUGCACCACUACCUCCCAGCCUACUACUUCGGGCUUUUGGCGUUGGGGCAAUUCUUCGAAUUCGUCUAUGGCUACUUUGGCGAGAACCGCCCCAACUUCCAACGGGCGUUCAUUGUGUUCUUGACUGCCUUCUCGAUUGUCUCCUCCAUUUUCUACUGGCAAUACCUGCCGUUCACCUACGGCCUUCCUCAGUUGAAGUCUCAGUGUGAAGCUAAGAAGUUCUUGAACUGGGACUUUGACUGUAACGCUAUGGCUCCGUCGUGGGAAGAGUUCGAGAAGUACGAACUGCAGAGACAAAACCCUAAGGCUGAAGAAAGCAAGGUGAAGCCUCCCAACCAAGGCGAAUUUGACCUGAACCAAGUGGUCCAGGCGAAGAAGGAAGCCGGCGACAAUGCCAAGGUUUCCCCCCAAAAGGCUGAAGCUAAGGACGCCGUCGUCGAAGAAGAACCCCAAUUGGUUCCUGAAUUUGAAGAACCGGGUACCGACAAAGCUGAUGACUCGCCUGCGGCUGAGGUUGAAGCUGAAAUCGUCGAGAUUGAAGAAGUGGAUGAUUCGAAGGCCAAGCCCGCCGAAUUGCCCUGA